AUGAGAUUUGAAAAGAGUGAAAAAUUGUCUCCAAGGUUUAUUAGACCUUUUGAGAUUUUAGAGCAGAUUGAGGAAGAGGCAUACCGUUUGGACUUACCGACACAGCUUUCUAGAGUUCACAACGUGUUCCAUGCAUCUAUGCUUAGAAAGUACGAACCCGACCCUUCACAUGUACUUGAUUGGGUCAACUUGGAGAUAGAUGAGGAUGCCUCAUAUGAAGAACAACUAGUUCAAAUUUUAGAUAUUCGAGAACAAGUGUUGAGGGGCAAGAAUAUACCGUCAGUGAAGGUGUUACAGAGACACCAUGGAGUUGAGGAAACAACUUGGGAAUGGGAGGCGGAAGUCCGCUCCAAAGUUGUUACAAUUGUUGUUAAACUUAUGCUUAUGAUUAUCAUACUAGUGGUUAUUGAUAUUGUGGCUAUGACCCAUGGAAACUAUGAUGACAGUGAUGGAAUAUUGUUGAGAUCAAGAUCUCCGUGCUAUCAUUGA